CAGCCGUUGCGCAGACAACGGUUGAGAAUCUCAAACGCUUGUCAUGCUUGUCGGCUGAGGAAGGUGAAAUGCGACGGUAUUCGUCCCGCAUGUGCCAGGUGCCAGGAAAGAAGAAAAGCGUGUACGUAUAGUCGAGAUUCUGGGCAACAAGCCAAAGACGGGGCCCCAGCCGGACAGACACCACCAAACCGCAAUCAUUAUUCUAUCCUAGACUCGCCUCCAGGAGUAUCUUUACAAACCCACUUGCUUGAGGCAUCAUCAAACUCGGCUAUCGAGACACCAUCAGCGACUAGCUCAUCCUCCAUGUUUGAGCGCUUCGAAGAAGGUUAUGGCCUCGAUUCGGAUCCGAACCGCGCAUACUACACCGCUCAUGGCCGAUUUGCGGGGGAAGUUGCAGCUGCAAUAGACGUGAGAGCAGGUAUUGCUCCAACCGCCGCUUCAAAUCUGGUCCCGUUCGUAGAUGCGCCCCUUUUUGGAGAGAUAGAUCUGCAUUAUCCAUAUCGUAUUCCUGACUUUGCUGCCGAAUUGCCUCCUCGCCCAUAUGCUGACAGACUCGUAAAUAUAUACUGGCAACACGUCGACCAUGUGGAGCCUGUCUUGGAUCGAGAACGGUUUUCCCGUGAUUAUGAAGCGUUAUACUCUAGAUCUGAGGUGUCGUCCGAAGUCUGGCCAAGCAUACUCAAUGUUGUCUUUGCCCUGGCAGUACAGAGACAAGAACACAUCCCUCUACAGAGACGGGAUGAGGAAGGAAAUAUCUUUUUUAAACGCGCCUGGGCACUUCUUCGCCCCGAGACAGUACUUUGGCAACCUGGGUCGCUCGAGCUGGUCCAGUGCUUGAUGCUUAUGAACCGAUACCUUCACUGCACCAAUAAUCAACAGAAGACAUGGAUGACGGCGGGGUUAGCUGUGCGGAUUGCUCAGAGUAUAUGCUGCCAUCUCCCUGAGGCAUCCUCGACCAAGGACUCUGCCAGCGACAGGGAGCUGAAGCAAAGAGUUUGGAUUAAUUGCGUUGCCCUAGAUCGAUGCGUUUCCUGGUCGCUGGGUAGGACAUCAGCGCCGUGCCUGAUCCUCUUCCCGUACAAGACCGAUUCCAUGUGUACAAGAAGCAGUUGUCAACAAGGCGAUAAGCACGACGAGUCUCUUGCGUGGAAAUUGGAGCUUCAUGAAAUUAGUAAUCACAUUCAGUUAGCACAGACACAGGUCCGAAAUAAUCUUGCUGCCAAGCUGGGAUUGCCGCGUCUGUAUCAACAAGACGAAUACCACGCAGUGGCUGUGCAGCUAGAUGCAUGCCUCACUAAAUGGGAGAAUAGCCUGCCCAGCAACUGGAUGUUGGAAAAUCUUCAGAGUGUUGUAGAUCGGACAUCUCGAGCAGAACGAUAUUUGCUCCAUCUUCGAUUUUUACAUUCUCGAAUUUUCCUAUAUAGGCCCAUGCUUGGGCGCUUCUAUUUGAUGAAAUCGCACGCGGCGACAGUUCAGACAGCAGCCAACCCUUCCAGUUUAAGCGAUCGACUUCUCAGAGAAGGUGCUCGAAUGUGCGUCGAGGUCGCACAAAGGGUCGCAUCAUUGGUUAUCGAGACACUUGAGCCCGAUGAGCCAAUAGGUCUCCUACCAUGGUGGUACAGGAUCUACUAUUUACACAUCGCGGGUAUUAAUUUUCUCGCAGCCAUGUUUGGAUCGGAUCUAUUCACCGAGUCGGUGUCUCAAUCCUGGCACGGUGUAAUAUCAGCCCUCCGCGCACACGAGCACUUGAGCGCAUAUGUUCAACCGUGCAUCCGGACAUUUGAAAUACUGUCAACUAGGAUCCUAAACACGCAGUAUCCCACUCCAGAUGGUAGUAGUGGAGUUACUAUUGAAGAUGGAGUCGCCGGCCCCCUAUUAGAUGAUAUAUUUCAGGAUAUGGACUUCGAUUUUGACAAUUUUCUCUUUGGGACGGACGAUAUUAUCUGGGGCCAGCUUUAAAUAAGACAACCGGCUCGUAUCCUGACUGAAUCUUUCAAUCGGAGUUUGAUGAUAUCAUGAACAGUUAAAUUUCAUGGUGAUGACUAUGUAAGAUUGUCAAUCGAACGGAUUGUCCAAAGUCCAAAGUCUGGCCAUCGCGCAUGUGACCGGUUCGAGGUCACACUUGACAUCAACAACCACAUAUUAAUAAUAUUAAAUAAAGAACUG